AUGAGCCAUCUCCGCAGUGGUCAAAGCCAGCCGGCCGGCCGGGAGCAAGGCAGCAUGAUGAGAGGUUAUUUUGCAGUGGUCACACUGCUGCAGCUUUUCCCGAAGGUCGAUGCCGUCCCGAUCUGUUCCUACGGACAUGCAGGAUGUCACAUUCCCACGCUGGCCGACCUCUUUGAACGCAUCAUCCAACAAUCAUCAAGGAUGCAUGACAUCUCCACUGACCUGCACUCGCAAUAUGAGCAGUCCUUGGUCCCCAACAGGAACCACAUGGGAACGUGGAAGUGUCACACCCAUGACAUCUUGGCACCAGACAACAAGGAGAUGGUCCAAAGUCUGGGAAGGGACCGGCUGACCCAGGUGGUCCUCAGGCUGCUGGGGGCCUGGGGGGACCCCUUAUCACGGCUGCACCAGAGCGUGACACGGCAUCGGGACCGAGACUCCAACCACUACAGCAACAAGGCGCUGCAGAUGAGCGACGCCAUCCAGGAGCUGAAGGCCGGAGUCCUGAAAAUGGCCGAGAAGAUGAAGCUUGUGGGCGUGGCCGGUAGCAACACGGCGGCCCACGUCCCUCCGGAAGGAGCGCCCACCUUGGCCUACAAGAGAGGAGCUCCGAGCUCGGUGGACCCCAACGACCUGCUCUACUGCCUCCGCCGCGACGCUGACAAGGUCAAAAAUUACCUGCGCAUCCUGCAGUGCUCUUCGCUGCCAGGACUGCAGUGUUAA